GGUGCCGCCGCCGCACGCCCGUUGCUGCCCAGCCGCCUCUCGUCUUCCCCUCCCCAAUUCCCCAUUAUUCUAUUCCCGGGAUUCCUUCCUCCCCCCAUGUUGCUGCGAUUGCGACUGCGGCCCGCCCCCACCCACCGCCUCCUCCCUGCUUCUCCUCCUCGCUUCGCUUCCGAGCAAGCUUUCGAGCGCGCGGCGACCGCAGCAGGGGUUCGGGAGACGGGGCCGGGUCAUGGGAAAGUACAUGCGCAAGGGCAAGGUGUCCGGGGAGGUCGCCGUCAUGGAGGUUCCCGGCGGCGCGCUGCUCGGCGUCCGCACGCGCUCCCGCACGCUAGCGCUGCAGCGGGCGCAGAGGCCGCCGGACAAGGGGGAGGCGGACGACGCCGCCGGGGAGUACCUCGAGCUCCGGAGCCGGAGGCUCGAGAAGCCGCACAAGGAGCGGGCGGCGGCGCCCGCGCCCAAGAGGGGCGCCGCUAGGAAGGCCGCCGCCGCGGCGUCGCCCGUGCUGGCCGAGGACGAGGUCGAGGCGUCCUUCGGGGAGAACGUGCUCGACUGCGAUGCCAUGGAAAGGAAUACCAGAGAGACGACGCCUUGCAGUUUGAUUAAGAACUCAGAGAUGAUAAGCACCCCAGGAUCCACAACUAAAAGCAAAAUAAGCAGCUCGAUGACUUCCCGUCGCAGAAUGGAAACCUCAAUCUGCCGUUUCAUACCGAAUUCACUUGAGAUGGAAGAGUUCUUCGCAGCGGCUGAACAACAUGAGCAGCAUACCUUCAGGGAGAAGUAUAACUUCUGUCCUGUGAACGACAGCCCUCUUCCUGGCCGGUAUGAAUGGACGAGGCUAGGCUGCUAGAUUUUCAGCACAAGAGCUUCAUUGAUCUGAUAUGUCUACAGAAAUGACUAGUGCCGUGGCCGUGGCGCAACCAACUGGAUUGCAUUAGCCUCCUUGUCUGUUGUAAAAAUUAGAUUAAUUAGCCUGUAGCUGAAUGAUCUUGUGUAACGAACAGGUGCAGCGCUGACAUACACCCAGAUCCCCAACCUUACUGUAAUUUAACUGGUCAACGCUCAUGCUGUAACCGAACCAUCUCAUGUAGUGUACUGUAGGCCUAAUCAUCUGUGCCUAGUCCUUGAACCAAAUUAAUGAAUUAGAGUUAUCUUUGCAUGACA